AUGUCCUCUGCAGGGCGGCGCAUCUGCACCCAGUGCCUCCAAACCCUUUCCACCAGGCGCAGUCCUCGAGUCGUCCCCCUACGCAGUCCCCUGCAGCGACGGUCAUUCUCUCAAGCCCAACUUCGCGCUGCGUUCGUACCUCCCACUCCGGCCUCUCUGGGAAAAGCAGUCCCUGCAAAACAAUUCAAGAGGACGAGAAAAUGGCUACGGCGCUUUGCCUACGUGACUGUCUUCGGGGCAAUUGCAUAUGUGCUGGACAGGAGAUAUUACGCAUCUAGCCUCACACGGUGCGCGCGGACAUUUGCCGUAGGGUUGACGGCGGCACUCGACUACAAGAUCAACUUUCGGGAGGAACCUUUCUUUGCCAACGACAUCACAGAAGUGCACGCCCGAAAUGCUGCCAGGUUGUUCGAACUCCUACGCACGAAUGGCGGGCUCUACCUCAAGCUUGGGCAGGCAAUCGCUAUGCAAACGGCCAUUCUCCCACCCGAGUUCCAGAAGAUGUUCGCCAGAAUGUUUGACGACGCGCCGCAGAACGAGUGGGCAGAUGUGCGCCAGGUCAUCAUGGAGGACUUCGGCGGUCGCACUCCCGAGGAGGUGUUCGGCAUCUCCUUUGACGGCGAUCCGACUGCGGGGGUCAUGGAGAGAAAAGCGCGAGCCAGUGCCAGUGUCGCUCAAGUGCAUUGGGCCAGACUAAAGGACGGCCGGGAGGUGGCGAUCAAGAUUCAGAAGAAGGAGAUUGCCCAUCAAGUCGGAUGGGAUCUGUGGGCUUUCAAGGUGGUCACCAAAAUCUACUCGUGGUGGUUUGAUCUGCCCUUUUACGCUCUGGUCCCCUACAUCACCGAGAGGCUCUUGCUUGAAUGCGAUUUUGAGAAUGAGGCCAACAACUCGAAGCAGAUGGCCGAGUGCGUCAGAGGCGAGCCACGACUACGCGACAGGGUCUACAUCCCCAAGGUCUACGAUGACCUCACCACCAAACGUGUCAUGACGGCAGAGUGGAUAGAAGGCGUCCGGCUCUGGGACAAAGAGGCCAUCACUCGGCCAUGGCGAGGCGGCUGGCGAACCGGCAGUCCAGGCUGCCAUGGGACACCACUAGAUCCCCCCGGGACUCCCCCAAUCGCUCUACCACAGACGGGCCGCGGCUUCGACCAAGAAAUCAAGCCGGACAGGACAUAUUGGAAAAGUGCGGACGGCAAAGGCGGCCUCGGUCUCAAUGUGAAGGAAGUCAUGACCACGAUGGUUGAUCUGUUUUCGGCCCAAUUGUUCCUCUGGGGAUGGGUCCAUUGUGACCCUCAUCCGGGCAACAUCUUCAUCCGCCGACGCGCGGAUGGGCAUUCCGAACUGGUCCUGAUCGACCACGGCUUGUACAUCCAGAUGUCGCCGACCUUUCGACACCAAUACUGCCUGUUCUGGAAAAGUCUGAUGACAUUCGACAACAAGACGCUCCAAGAGAUUGUGAGUCAGUGGGGGAUCAACAACUCGGAUGUCUUUGCGUCUGCUACUCUGAUGCGGCCGUACGAAGGCGGCGACCUGACUGUGGCGACGCGGAUCAAGGGGGUCAGUGAGCACGAGAGGAAGCGGCGACAGUACGAAAUGCAGCAGGCCAUGCGUAAGGGCAUCAAAGAGAUCCUGGGCGACGAGACCAAGUGGCCUCGCGAGCUCAUCUUCAUCGGCCGCAACAUGCGCAUUGUCCAGGGCAACAACCAGUACCUCGGCAGCCCUGUCAACCGGAUCAAGAUCACGGGCAACUGGGCGUCGCGGGCACUGGCAGAGGAUCGCAACCUCUCUUUCCGCGAGCGCUGGAAGUACUUUGGCAGUCACCUGCUGUUCAAGCUUGUCUUGUUUGCCAGUGACCUCUACUUCUGGUACAGCAAGUUGAAGCAGGCGGUGGGAAGAGGCAAAGGACUCGAAGACGACGUGGAGCAGCACAUGAGGCGCAUGGCCAAGGACUAUGGGAUCGAGAUGAACCACGACGUGUUUGAAGGAUGA